AUGGAUACGAAAGAUCAAGAUCAAGAUCAUCAAAAAUCAUCGACCCCGCAACCAUCAACUCAAACAUCAAAUUCCACUACUUCAAAUAACAAUCAUCAUAGUCAGAAUCAAUUAGAUCAUAAUCGUAGUUAUAGUCACUACACUCAUAUACCUCAUCAUCAACAUCAUCAUUUACAAAAUCAUGAACAACUGCAAGUAACUCAAGAUGAUGUUCAAUUGAGUCGUACCGUUUCACCAGUUUCAAUUAAUGUUCCAAUUUCAAUUCCAUCAUUAUGCAGACAUAAUUCUUCAAGUGACUCAAUUGAUUCAAAUAGUUUCCAGCUUAGUUCUUUUGACAAAGACACGAAUAAUACAAUACUACCAGAAAUUACAAUCCCCAAAACUCCACCACCCAUAGACCAUAAUAAUAGAAGAAAUAACAAUGGGACAUUUUCAAAUUUUCAGUUACCAAAUGAUAUUUUAAAGAAUUUAACACCAGUUAUAAAAUCACCACCAAGAGAUAAAUCCAAAAAUCAAUUAUUGAGGAAUAAUCAUAUUAAAAAUAUUCAACUAAGAUUGAACAACCAAAACAAUAAAAUAAACAAGACUAUCAAAGAUUUGAAAAUUGAGACCACAAAGAAAAUUGAAUUUCAAACUUUCAAGUUAAAUGAAAACUACAAGAUUGCAAAGUUUAGAAGAGAAAAUUAUUUGAAUUUGAUAAAGGAAAGAGCUGGAAAAUUUAUCACCAACAACAAUUACAAUAAUAAUGAUAAAGGCAGGAUACUAUCAGCUGGAACUGAGAACAAGGAAUAUGGCAAAAGCCGAAUCAAUAGUGUUAAUAGUCUAAAACUACAUUUCAACAUUCCAUUCAGCCAUAUCUCACCAUCAACGAUUGAGAAUAUAACAAACUUUCAAUCUCGAUCAAGACAAUAUUUAUUAAGAACAUCUGUGAAAUUUUUACAACAAUCAAAUUUCCUUAAAAAGUUUAACAAAAUGCCAUUUAAUCAAGUAUUAACAUGUUUAAAUUCAGAAUCAAGUAUUAAAAAAAGUCUUUGUUUUGUACUUAAGUACCUCAAUAUUACUAAAGAUGUAUUUGAAACCAAGAUUUUUUUGUAUUGUUUUAUAAUGAUAUCUGAUUUUAAUGAUUGCAUGCAAAAUGGUCCAUAUCAACCUGGUUUUAAUCAUAACAUAAAUUAUGAUAAUAUCAAUUCUAAUUCAGGUACUUUUAAUAGUAAUGAAGAAUCAAAUUUUUUCAAUAAUUUUAUUUGGGUUUUGCUAUUCAAGUAUAGUACUUAUUUAUUAGAAGAGUUCACAAAUUUAGUUCAUGGAGACAACCAACCAAUGAUUACUUGUAAGCUUCAAAGCUAUUGGGAAGACUACAAAUUCAUUUUCAAAAUUUUCAAAUGGAAUCAUUACUUGAAUAUUAAAAAAAUCUUAUACAGUUCAAUAUCUAUAGUUGAUCAACAAUUGAAAAUUUUAAACAACAACAACAACAAAAAUAACCCAUUCGAUGAAGGAGAUAACAUAAACAACGAUAUAUUUCACCAGAAAGAGAGGAUGACUAUGGAGUUAAAUUUGUUAGACAAUUACAAUUUGAAAAGUUUACAAGAGUUCAAUUCUUCAGCUAGAGUCAAAAAUUUUAAGGAAAAACUAUCUAACAAAAUUAAUGAUAUCUACUUGAGUUACAAGCACUACAACAAGAGCAAUUCAAGACUAUCAACAAACAAUUUUAUUCAAAACAAAGCUAAUUACAUUUGUUAUAAUAAUUUGAAAUUUCAUAUACCUCAUUUUUUACCACUUGAGAAAUGGAGGUCAUAUUGGAGAGCUUAUUACUUCGAGAAUAAUUUCAAAGAUAAUAAUAAUAAUCAUGAAUGUGAAAGUAAUGUUCCACUUAAGUUGAAAAGUGGGUAUUUGGGGGAAAUCAACAGUUAUUAUUACAAUGGCAUGAGUAAAUUUGACGGUGGUAAUAGAUACAUCAACGAGGAAUCAAAAAUAAACUAUUUUGAAUUAAUUGACUCCAUGAUUGACGUGAAAUCCGUAACUUUGAAAGAAAUAUAUGAAAUAUUAUUCAAUUACUAUAUUCAAUUUUCAUCGAUCGAAGAGUUUCCAAAUGAUGAUUUAGAUAGUGAAUCAGAUUAUGAAGAGACUUUUGAAUUUAUAGAGUAUAGUAUUAAUGACGAGAGUAAUUUUGAUCAUGAUAUUGAGUAUUUCAAUAAGAUUAAAUCACUUUUUAAGCAUUAUGAUCAAUUAAAUAAAUUCAAUCAUAUAAUCAACAAUGAAAACAAUCAUCAAAAAUUGGAUAAUGAAAUUAUUCUACAGUUAAAAUAUGAAAUAUUGAUUCAAUACUUGAACAAAUGUCAUUUUGGUAAUGGCAGUAACAAUGACUUUACCAAAUUCAAAAAAUUUGAAAAUUUGAUUACAAUUUUUAACUUGUCAAAUUUUAAAAAUUUGAAGUUUUCAAUUUACACAUUAAAUCCUCAAUUAUUAUUUCCAAAAUUUUAUAAAAAAUUCAUGAUGAGAAAUCAUUAUUUAUCAUUGAUUAAACAUGUUGAUUAUUUGGAACCUACUUUGGUUGCAUCGUCCAAGUACAGUUUGAAUAGAGUUUUACAAUUCGAGUCAACUCACAAUUUAUUAAGUUUUAAAUUUUUCAAUAAUUUAUUCAUCAAUCAUAUGCUUAAUAUAGACAAAUGCUUGGAAGAGGGCAAGAUGCAAGUUGAUGGUUUUGAUACAGUAGAUAAAGAAGAUGAAAUCUUAUCAAAUUUUGAGAGUGAUUUUUUGAAAUAUAAUCAAGAAUUGAAGAAACUUUUGAAAUUAAAUUGUUUUGGAAUAAUGUACAAAAAUUAUUUUCCAAAUUAUUCAAAUGUUUUGCAAUCUUCAAUUAUAAACUUAUUCACGACUUACGAAGAGUACUAUAAAAUCAAUACUUUAGAUUUAUCAUCAUCGGCACCACAUACAGACUUAAGUCAAACGGAUGUGUUGAAGUUUUUCAACUACUACCAUCAUCACAACGAGAACAUCACUCAAAUAUUGAGUAUAAAAUGGUUAGACUUGAUGAAAGAAAAAACUAGUCAAUAUAACAACAGAAAUCAAACAUUUAAUUUAAUUGCAUAUAAUGAUCCCAAUUUUAAAUUUUACGUAAAGGAAAUUAACGAAUUAUCAAAUGAGAUUUUUAGAUUUAGUUCUUAUUUAUAUGAAGUAUAUAAUCCUAUUUUAAAUUGGAUCUAUGAAGACUUGGCAAUAAACAAUGAAGGGUUAGACAGUAGUUGA